GAUGAUGGUAUUUGGAACCAUUUGAAACGUGGACUGGUUACUUGUAUUAGUUAAAACAAAUGUGAACGGACAUUUUCUUUAAUUUCUCUUCAUUUCCUAGCACAUUUCCCUUUCAUUACCCUUCAUUUACUGGCACAGAGCAGCUUUCAUUUCCCACCAUUUACCUUCAUUUCCUACCACAUUUCACUCUAAUUUCCCUUCAUAUCCUGGCCACCUCCUUUCUCAUCCUGUGAUCCUGAUAAAAAGAGGUAAGUUUAAAUCCAUUUCCUAGUCCUUUCCCUACAAUUCCUGGCACAUUUCCCAUUAAUUUCCAUCAUUCACCUUCAUUUCCUAUCACAUUUCGUUCCAAUUUCCCUUCAUAUCCUGGCCACCUCUUCGCAUAUCAUGUGCUCCUGAUACCAAAAUCCAAAAUCGGCCAGAAUUUCAAUACGUACCGAAAAUGUCCCCCUUGAAUUAGGCAACCGGGCCGACAUCCGUGCAAGUAUAGGUUGCCUAAUUAGAGGGGCUAAUUUUUGGCAUAUUUCGGAAUUCUGGCCGAUUCAACAAUGUUGCAAAUCGCUUCUCCCGAAACUUCCACACUGUUGCAAACCGAACAAUGUUGCAAAUCGCUUCUCCCAAAACUUUUACAAUGUUGCAAACCCAACAAUGUUGCAAAUCGCUUCUCCCGAAACUUCCACAAUGUUGCAAACCGAACAAUGUUGCAAAUCGCUUCUCUCCAAACUUCCACAAUGUUGCAAACCGAACAAUGUUGCAAAUCGCUUCUCUCCAAACUUCAACAAUGUUGCAAUUCGCUUCUCCCAAAAAUUGUGAUGGGAAAUGUCGGAUUUUUACUCCUGGUAUCAGGAGCACAUGAUAUGCGAAGAGGUGGCACGAGGAAUCUGUGGUUUUUAUCUAAUGCUGGCUUGAAUUUUAUAUUUCUUGGUCGUUGCUAUUCUGGUUUUAUACUUACCUUUUUUUAUCAGGAUCACAGGAUGAGAAAGGAAAUGGCCAGGAUAUGAAGGGAAAUUGGAAUAAAAUGUGAUAGGAAAUGAAGGUGAAUGAUGGGAAAUUAAUGGGAAAUGUGCCAGGAAUUGUAGGGAUAGGACUAGGAAAUGGAUUUAAACUUACCUCUUUUUAUCAGGAUCGUAUGAUGAGAAAGGAGGUGGCCAAGAAAUGAUGGGAAAUGAAGGGAAAUAUGCCAGGAAAUAAAAGGAAAUUAAUGGGAAAUGUAUCAAGAAAUGAUGGGAAACUAGGAGAUGUUAGGAAGUGUUGGAAUGUGUUAGAUGGUUUUGAAUAUUUAGGAAGUGUUGGAAUGUGUUAGAUGGUGAUAGGAGGUACUAGGAUACGUGCUAGGAUGUAUACUUUUCCAAUCGCUGACCAUAAAGCUCAGCGAGCUCUGUUUGGGUCCGCUCACACUGGUAAAUCACUACUGGAGUUCUCUAGCUAAAUGCUUCAAUGAAAUGUUACUAACGUAUAAUCUUGAAACAAGGGCUACCAACUUUGUCACUGCCCUUUGUUUUCAUUGCACAUACAUAAACACUUGAUGUGUAUAAAAUAAAUAAUUAGAAUAAUAUAUUGUCUUCUGUUAAUGAAUUUGGACGAAUUACAUGUAACUAAUUGAUACGACAUUUCGUUUUUUAUAAAUAUUAUAUACCAUUCGAAGUGUAAAAAUCUACUGCGAGCGUCUUUAACUAUCCAAGUUGACGUACACAUAUUAAAGUCUAAGAAAAAAAUUGUAUUGUUUACAAAACUAUGAUUAUAUAUACAUAUAUUAUAAACAACAAUCGAAAUUUUCAGUUGGAAACAACGAUAUAAAGAAAUUCCAAUAAAAUUGACGCGUUGUGAAAUCAGUUGGGUUAGGCUCAUUACAAAACAAAUGUGUUAAAGUGUAUGUAUCGAACUAUUGUUAAAACUGUUUUAAUUGUUAUAUUUAAAGUCAAUAAAAUCAGUUUUAGAUGAAAGUGAACUCGUGUAUUUAAAUAUAGAAAUAUGUCGAUCGAUACAAAUUUCCAAGGGACCUGUAAAAAUGAUAUGGUUCAUAUGCAAUCUGUCAAUUUCGUUUGUCCAAUAUGUGACUGUCGAUACGAAAAUAAAAAAGAGAUUUACGAUCAUUUACAUAUACACGCUGGAGAUGUACUACUGAAGCAUAUACAAUGCUUAAAAAAUGAUGUAAACAAUGAAUCACUGACAGAAAUAGAUAAUUACAACCAGGAAAGGAUCAACGACAAUUUCUAUGAAAAUUCAAUAAGACCGUUUAAAUGUCAUCAAUGCGAUUUAACGUUUGAUCGAGCAUCUCAACACGAUUACCAUUAUCGAAGUAUACACUUAGGUGAAAAAUCACAACUUUGCGAAAUAUGCGGUAAAGGAUUUUUCCGUAAAGCAGAUCUGCGAACGCAUUUAAACACUCACUUAGGAACAAAUAUUUGCAUUUGCGAAGUAUGCGGAAGAAAGUUCAAUCAUAUAUCUAAUCUAAUUAGGCAUGGUAGAAUGCAUGCCGGAGUAAAACCGUAUCCGUGCUCUAUUUGCGGUAAACGUUUCACUCAAAUUAGUUCCCUUGCGAGGCAUAAACGUAUUCACGAACGUUCGAAGGAAGAUGUUAAACAUCAAGCUCAAAAUAUUUGCGAUGGUGGAAUGGUAGAGAAAAAGGAUUACGCAUCGAAUAAGAAUAAGUUUGUCGAUGGAAAUGCAUCUAUUCAGCAAAAAGUAAUUAAGAGGCAACAUUACUGUAAGAUUUGCGGCGAAAGUUUCAGUUUUAUUUUCCUCUUACGAGAACACGAGAAGUCUCAUACAGGAAACGCUAUCAAUUUGGAGUACAAGAAUAACGAGAUGAGCUCCCAGAAAAUCACAGAACUUGAGGAGUAUAAAAGCGACAUGAAUAGUUUUGAUUUUCUCGAAAACGAAGAGAAUAUAAAAAAAAUAUUACCAUUGGAAACAAUUAUUUAUAUCACAUCGGAACAGUUGAAGAAAAUAAAUUUGGAGAACAUCGAACAUACAGGAAACCAUAUUUCGCAAGACCAGUUGCGCGAAACAGAUGGAAAAAUUGGUACAACCGAUGAAUUAAACAUCUCUGAGAAGCUAGGACUUCCUAAUGAGCAAACCGAAUGCGAGGAUGAUAGUUCUAUUUUGUUAUACAGAUCCAACGAUUGCGAAGCAAAAGAAAAUAUGUUAUAUGUAUGUCAAGUAGACGAUCCUGUUCUUAAAGACAGAUUGGAUACUAAAUUCUCGAACACUCAUGAUAAUUUUACGCAAACGUACGAGUUAGAUUUAGAAAAAUCUGAGACGUUGCAGAGUUACAACGCCUUGACAAAUAUUUCUAUAAAUGUCACCGACAUGUUUCAAAAAAUAGAUCUAUCAGAACCCAGCAUCAACGAUAAAUCUGAUCUAGAUAUCUCGAACGACGAAGGAAUAAAUUCAGCGCGAGACGAAAAGAUUGCCGAAUGUCCAAACGAUGUAAAUAAUACCACGAGUCACGACGAACCAAUGCUACGUUUAGUACAAACGGAAACCGGGGAUCAAUUUUACGAAUUUCUUAUUAACAAUUUAGCCGAAAAAUUACCAAAUUUACAAUCUGUGAAAGCUUCCGAGACUAAAGAUGAAAACAUAAAUAUUUCUGAAAAUGUAACGAAUAUGUGUUUAAAUAUCAAUAAAGAUGUGAACGAAGAAGUUCGAGAUGAACAAAACAUACGAGACGUUAUUCAUAAUGAUCUACACUACACGCAUUACGAAUUGCAAGGCGAAGAAAAAAAUUUUGUUACGAAUCAGAUCUUGUUGGAUCCGCAGACUGAUUUUGACAAAUACGUUGAAACGAAUUUCGAGGUUUUCGAGAGAUUGCAUUACGAUGAUAGCUCGGAACGUUUUCUCGAAUUUGUAGAAGGUGCAGGUGUCGAAAGUGAGAGCUCCAAAAUUUUAGAUAAAGAGAGCGAACAACUGCUACAGUUUCAAAGUUUCAGUCAAAUCGAGUCCAUGCAAGAGAACGAUAAGAAUGAUGGUAUUAGCAAUAAUGAACAGGCUCUUUUGACUUCUCUAACUGAAGACACGCAAUGUGAGAUAAACACAAAUAGUGAUCGAAUUGUCGAAGAAGAUGAGGAACAGGUGCAGGCCACUGAUUCUAUGUCAAGUAUUACAAAAUUAGAGGAUCAAGAGGACGAAUCGAAAAAGUCCAAAGUAUUUUUACUUAAAUUUCAAUGUACAGUAUGCGAAAAAUCAUUUUCAACCAGUUACAACUACAAACAACACAUAGGUACUCAUUUCGCGGACCAACAGAAGUUUCAUUGUAAAGAAUGUAAAAUGUCCUUUGCUUGGAAAUCGACGUUAAAUAAACACAUUGCGAGCAAUCACAGACCGGAAGGUCCGCAAAAGUUUGCGUGCGAUAUAUGCCAGAAAAUUUAUAAUACUUCUUCCCAAGUAAAUGAACACGUGAAGCGCGAUCACUUGAAACAACGAAAUCACGUUUGCUCUUAUUGCGGUAAAUCGUUUUUCAAGAAAUACGAUUUGAAGAUACAUAAUCGAAUCCAUACUGACGAACGACCAUACGUUUGUCGUGCUUGCGGGAAAAGGUUUCAUCAUCGAAGUCAUAUUAUUCGUCACGAACGUAUACAUUUCUAGAAAAGCGUGAGCUUACGUGGUUUGUUUGAAGGUUUAGAAAAACAGGUUAGAAAAUAUAUUUCUAAUCUACGGGCUUUUUGUUGCGGUAUCGGUUCAACAGUGAUUAUUAAUGGCGUUAUGUUGAUUACGUUAUAAUGUACGCUAAAGUAUUGUAAUGUAAAUAAUGCAAGGCUCCCCUGAUAUAUUGUUUCUUGGAAGAUUGUUAUUUUUUUAAUAAAAGAAGGUAUGACUGAAAAAA